AUGGAGGAGCUCAAUCAUUCCAGAGUGUCUGAAUUCAUGUUACUUGGACUUACUGAUUCCCCUGAGCUCCAGAUAUUCUUCUUUGUGGUGUUUUCCCUUUCCUAUUUAAUUACCAUCUUAGGCAACUGCCUGAUUUUGCUCACUGUCCUAUCCACCUCAUACCUCCACUCCCCCAUGUAUUUCCUGCUUGGCAACCUCUCUCUCAUUGACAUGUGCCUGUCUUCCUUUGCCACACCAAAAAUGAUCAUGGACUUCUUCGCUCAGCGCAAGACCAUCUCCUUUGAGGGCUGCAUUUCUCAGAUCUUUUUUUUACACCUCUUCACUGAGACUGAGAUUGUGUUGUUGAUCUCCAUGUCUUUUGACAGGUAUAUUGCCAUAUGUAAACCUCUUCAUUAUUCAACAAUUAUGAGCCGAAAAGUGUGUGUUGGGCUUGUGGUCACUUCUUGGACUGUGGGCUUCCUGCAUACAAUGAGUCAGUUAGCUUUUACCCUCUAUUUACCCUUCUGUGGUCCCAAUGUUGUAGAAAGUUUCUUCUGUGACCUUCCUUUGGUCGUUCAGCUGGCUUGUGUAGAUAUGUAUGUUCUUGGGAUCUUCAUGAUUUCAACCAGUGGGGUGAUUGCUCUUAUAAGCUUUCUUCUUUUGCUCACUUCCUACAUUAUUGUUCUUGUCACUAUCAGGGACCACUCCUCCUCAAGAUCAUCCAAAGCGCUUUCUACCUGUACUGCACAUUUUAUAGUUGUGACGAUGUUCUUUGGGCCCUGCAUCUUCAUUUAUGUAUGGCCUUUUACAAACUUCCUGGUGGACAAAAUUCUCUCUGUUAUCUAUACCAUCUUCACUCCCUUUCUUAAUCCACUUAUCUAUACUUUGAGAAACCAGGAAGUGAAGACAGCAGUGAAGAAGAAACUUAGGUUACCAAUAUUUCAAUCUUAG